GAGUUUGCCCUAAAAGAAAUCAUGUCAUCAGGAGGAGCUGAAGAUGAUAUUCCUCAAGCAGAGAGGAAAACAGUGACAGACUUUUGCUACUUAUUGGAUAAAUCUAAACAGCUAUUCAAUGGCUUAAGGGAUUUACCUCAGUAUGGGCAAAAGCAGUGGCAAUCCUAUUUUGGUCGAACAUUCGACGUUUACACCAAACUCUGGAAGUUUCAACAGCAACAUCGACAAGUAUUGGACAAUCGGUAUGGGUUGAAGCGGUGGCAAAUUGGGGAAAUUGCUUCCAAGAUUGGGCAGCUCUAUUACCAUUAUUACUUGCGCACUUCAGAAACCAGCUAUCUCAAUGAAGCUUUCUCCUUCUAUUCAGCAAUUAGGCAGAGGUCAUACUACUCCCAAGUCAACAAAGAAGACAGAUCUCUAAGUUGUCCCAGGUGGGUGAACUCUGAGCCAGCUGUGAUACCGUGUGAUGCAGUGGGGUCAGAUAUUGCCCACGAACUGUCAAAAGGUUUGAAGAGCCAGCUAUUAUAUCUGACUCCCAUGCCUGUUCUCAUGCCUGAAUUAGUGGUUAAGAAGCUGCGUUACUAUGCAAGGUUUAUAGUGGUUUGUCUCUUGCUCAACAAAAUGGAUGUUGUAAAGGACCUUGUAAAGGAGCUGUCAGACGAAAUUGAAGACUACACUCAUCGUUUUAAUACUGAAGAUCAGGUGGAGUGGAACCUGGUUCUUCAGGAAGUGGCAGCGUUUAUUGAGGCAGACCCUGUCAUGGUUUUAAAUGAUGACAACACCAUUGUAAUCACCUCUAACAGGCUUUCUGAAACAGGAGCUCCGUUGCUAGAGCAGGGGAUGAUAGUGGGACAGCUUGCUCUUGCAGACGCACUGAUUAUUGGAAACUGCAACAACCAGGUCAAGUUCAGUGAAUUAACAAUUGAUAUGUUCCGAAUGCUACAAGCGCUUGAAAGGGAACCGAUGAAUUUAGCUUCACAAAUGAACAAACCUGGAAUGCAGGAGGCAACGGAGAAACCAGCUAGGCGGGAAAACCCCCAUAAAUAUCUACUUUAUAAACCAACUUUUAGCCAGCUAUAUACAUUUUUAGCAGCAUCAUUUAAGGAGCUGCCUGCAAACAGUGUACUGCUGAUAUACUUGUCUGCCACGGGCGUGUUUCCAUCAGGUCGUUCGGAUAGUGAAGGUCCAUAUGAUUUUGGUGGUGUUCUGACAAAUAGUAACCGGGACAUUAUAAAUGGGGACGCUAUCCACAAGCGAAACCAAUCUUACAAGGAGAUGCACUGUCUUCACCCUGGAGAUCUCUACCCUUUCACAAGAAAGCCCCUGUUUAUCAUUGUGGACUCCUCAAACAGUGUCGCCUAUAAGAAUUUCACAAACUUAUUCGGACAACCAUUGGUGUGCUUGCUUUCUCCAACAGCAUAUCCAAAAGCAUUACAAGAUCAGUCUCAGCGGGGAAGCCUCUUCACCAUCUUUCUGAACAACCCUUUAAUGGCAUUCCUAUUUGUCUCUGGAUUAUCAAGCAUGCGCAGAGGAUUGUGGGAGAAGUGUCAAGAUUACCUUAGAAAAAUCAACAGAGAUAUUGCCCAGCUGCUGACCCACUCCCGAUCCAUAGAUCAGUCCUUUCUUCAGUUUUUUGGGGAUGAAUUUCUUCGCUUGCUUCUAACAAGAUUUAUCUUCUGUUCGGCUACCAUGAGGAUGCACAAAAUUUUCCGGCAGGAGACUCGAAAUUAUCCAGAAUCUUAUCCUCAGCUGCCAAGAGAUGAAACGGUGGAGAACCCUCACCUCCAAAAGCACAUUUUGGAGCUGGCUUCCAUACUGGAUGUUAGGAAUGUUUUCCUGGAAAACACCCUCGAUGACUAUUAAGAGAAACUGUCUUACUACAAAGGGGUUUCCCUGGCCACAGAUUUUGAAUGGUGCAGUUUUAUAAUGUGAAAAUCAUAAAAGGAAGUACUUGAUUUUAUUUUUAAAUUUAGGACCAUUAUUUUAAAAAGUAAUAAACAGCUGUUAGUUUGGCUGUUCCAUUCUGUAUGGGGUCAAUUUUAUAAGCAGAAGUUUUCAUGUCUUUUAAAUGUUAAGCUAAAGAGUCACUAGAGGUUUAUUUCUGGUCUUGUGGCUAUCAACCACAUUUCCAACAGCUGAUCCUAAGCAUAGAAGUAUUAUUGGUUACCUUUAGCCCACGUUUGUGGAAAUCCUUUAUUUUUAUACAAUUUUAAGAAAUUGGAAAAAAAAAAUCAAUAGAAAAACAAUAUUUUAUCCCCAAAGAGUCUGGAUUUGAAAUGGUAAAGAUGGAACCACGCAGUGCAGACCAACAAUAGCAAUAAAACAGAGUCCUUCAUAACAAAUAUAUUUUUUCAGUCAUAGGCAAGUAAGUAGACAAAACUGUGGACAAUUAAGUUGCAUUUGGAGCAGCAGGUUUGAAGUGAAGUUGUAAAGAUACUUAAUGCUCCCUACAAAUUUGACACAACAAUUUUUAUUAUGAACUUUCUACUGCUGGCCAAGGACGCUGCCUGACUGGGUAGAUGGUUAGCAGAUAAACGAAUUGCAAAACUUCAGAAAGCUAGCCCCCAUCUCUCACUGUAAUAUGGGUCAUCUUGCCAUUUGUAUUGCUGCCACAAUCCUCCAGGAGGAGAGGGCAUUCUUCAUUUUGAGGUACUAGACAGAAAUUCUUGCAUUUCCAGCAGGUGUUUUCCCUCCUUUCCGUGUGUGGAUGGAAUGUGUGGCUCCCACAGUGUUACCAGCCCCUGACAGGAGCUGAAUGUCCUACACAGUGCUGAAUACGAGCCCUUCCUCACUCAUUUAUCUGACCCAUCUGUGCUGGAUCCCUGUGCCCUAGGAGAGAUGCUGGUGCUCCUCUUGCAGCUUAAACAAAGUGGGUGCUGCCAUUAAGCCCUGUUAAAGUUUCACGUGCCCACCAUUACGUCUCAAUCCUAUCUUGGAGCCAGUGAAACCGAGGGGCUAUAAUUAUGUUUGGCAGCACUAUAGGCUCCCUCAGCCUAUAAUGCUCAGUCUGGGUGUGCUAAGGAGUACAGUGGCCUUGGUAAAGGUACUUGCUGGAGAAGGCUAUCCUGACUCCUGGGAAAAGUGCUGCUGGCUCAUUUGGACUGUACUGCCUUCCUUGCUGAGCUAGAGGACCUCUUGCAAGUCCUGACAGUGAAGGUGUGAGCAAGGAGAAGGAACUGAAAAUAUUUUAAACUGUUAAAUUAAAAAAUCUGUUUUCACUGUUCUGUGGGCUGCUACAAAAGUAGUGAAAGCACAAGUGGGAUCAGUGCUUUUAUGUUGAACACCUGCCAUGCCUCUGUUUUUAGGUGGAGAAAAAAAAAAAAUGCAGAACUUGUUGACUGCCGCAGUAUCAUGGCAGGCCUGUUUGCAGUGCUGUCAUACAAGGUAUGAUCUAGUCAGCCGCAAUAGCGAAGGGCAGUAAAUCAGCACUGAUGGGCCCCGUUCAGCUGAGGAGAGCGUGGUAUGGAACAGCAAGAAUUGCUGCAGUGUAGCUGGGAAGUUUGCAUGAAGGUUCGUUGUAGCUGGGCUGAAGCUCAUGCCAUCCAUUCUUUUAACUUCUCAAGUGUAAAAAAAUUCUGCGAAUGCUAGUGUUUGUUGAACACAGUGUUGAAGCUGGUAUAUUGAGUCCCCCACCACUUGGUGCUGCUCUUCUUUGGACUAUGGCAGGACUUCGUUACCUGGGAUGUGGAGUUUAUUUUAAAGAGUGUGUGUUUGUGUGUGUGCAUGUGUGUUCUAGGCGUUUGUGUGUAUAUGUACAAUACGCAUACAUCUACUGGCUGGUGUAAAUUGUAAAUAUGUAUAUAUGUAUAGGUACUUGUAUAUGUAUUAAAAAGAAUGAAACAGUACAGUGUCUAUAUACAAAAUUUAUAUAUACACACAUACGCCAUUUUGGGUGCAUUCUACAAGGUGUUGCAGAUCGUUUGUAGUUGUGGUAAAGGUUAUGGCUCUCCUGCCAUUGUAAUUCACUGUUUUCAGGGGCUUACACGUGGACCCUGAAGUGGUUCAUAACUGAUUUCAGGUACAGGAGGCCUUAGUUAGCCAGGGGGAUGAGUACUCCUGUAUGUAUUACAGUGGUAAGAUUCAAGUAUUCUUAACUGUGAAGCUGAUGAUCUGCCUUUCCUUCUGGUAGGAGGUCCCCAGUUACUAAAACAUGGGCUUGUAUGCAGAAGCUAAAGAUGCUGAAAGCCUUUACUGCAGCAGAAAGUGAGAGACGGGUUAUCUGUUACCCUGCCUGCUGUUCCUCCACCAGCAGUGUUCAACUUGCAUGGAAGAGGGGAAUUUAGUUUUCCCCAGCUCACUGCCUUCCAACCAAAUGCUUUUGUUUUGCUUUAGCUUUUGUGUUGAUGAAGCUAUUCUCGUUGUGGUUCUGUGUAUCUGGAACAGUGUGCUAUUUCCAAGCACAGGGGUGAUGCUGAUUCCGUUAGUGUGGGCGGGUGAACCUCUGUGGGAUGUUGCUUGUUAACUGACAGGGAAAGCCUCGGCGGUCCCAGUCUUCAUUUUAGCUGGGCUGAAGCAAGGAGCCCUUGCUUGUGAUCCGAGAGGCUUCUAAUCCACCUUGCAGCCUGAAGAAGAGGUUCUGUUUGCUUGUUACCAAUGUAGAUCUAAUCAGAGGAGAACGCACUUUUCUAAAAACAAAAACGCUGAAGAAGCUGGAAUGUCGGAGGAGAAUACAAGACCUUGAAAACUAGUUCAGAAGUCGAACUUAUCAGCGAUGACUGUCCAAGUCAAAAACUCAUUCUUGAGGUCCCUCAUUCUCUCACCUACUGAUCUUUGGUUUGGAAGGUACGCUGCUGGCAGGGAUAUUCGAAGAUAGAUUUCGCUCCUGUUGUGUCAGUAGGAGUACAGAAUUGUGCUUUGUAAGCGAAAGGCUGAUACCAUCUGCCUGCCCUAGCUGUAGAUAGGAUGAGUAUGUCUUGGGUUUUGAGCCAGCCCCUUCCUUCCCACCCAAAACAACUGCAUUCAAGAUGAAAAUACUGGUAUUUUCCUCUCCACGUAAAAUCUUGUCUUGUUCGAACUUACUAAGUCAUUCUAAACUUGUGCUACUGUGUGCUGUGUACUAUGGUCGUAGGUACCCUCUUGAUGUAUGCUUGUGUGUACUGAAGAAAAAUUUGGUUUAUGUAUCUAGCAGUCCUCACUGUGAAAGUGAAGCAAAGACUAAACCAUUUUUAAGAGAGAAGAGAACAAAUCCUUUUCCUCUCAGGCCUAAUGCCUUCCCUCUUGUUUGCUCUCCCUUUCUCCGUGUAUCUUUAUUGCUUGAGUUAGCGGAGGAGACUUGCCACCACCAGGCAAUACCGAAUUAAUGGGGAGAGGAGAAUGUGGCCAGGGCUGAGCAUGUCCUUACUGGAUUGCUUCUGCCUAGCUCCCUACUUGCUGCACGUGGUAUGUUCAGCUGAGUCCUGCUCCCACAGGAGGCACCUCUGUACUCUGUUCAAACCGGCUCAAACAUCUAGCCAAAGUUACUGCUGAUGCCUUUUGUUUUUUCCCCUUCUCAAAAUAACAGUGAGGGGGGAAUACAGGGUUAUGAGUCUUUAAUGCUCUGGUUUUUAAUCACUCUCGGGACGUGAUGUGUCAUUUAGCUUCACAUGCAAACUAAAUGGAACACCAGCUUCUGUGAGCUGGGCAAACUGGACUUGCUCCCUGGAGUGCUUUUUCGAAGUUUCAGGACAGUUCAUCAAAAUAACAUCCAUCAAGUCAUGACUUGCUAAACCCCUCAAGACUGUUCCCCAGGGAGGCGUGCAGAGAUGUCUUUUAAGGAUCAUAGGAAAUAGAUGGGGGGGACACAGCAAAGUAGGCUUCAAAUAAUCAUCUUCCAAAGCUACAACCUCAGUAGCUCUGGUCAGGCUUCUCCUCGAAGGACGGGAUGAAAGCGCUGUUCCAAGAUUCGUCCCUGGCAUGCUGUUGUGAAGCUCUCCCCUGCCCCGCUGCUUUCCUUGUGCUGUAGCUCCAUGCUGUGCUUCAGGUCUGCUUUUUCCUGAAAGCUAAAAAGCUCGGAAUCUGUCUAAACAACUUUUUUUUGUCUUGAGGCUUCUUUUGUAAAAGCUUUAUCUGUGUUAGAUCCUUCAGUAACUGUUCUGACUACAGGUCCCCAGCGACAGCAGUGGCAGAGCCCCUGUUUAGUCCUGCCCCCGUCCCAUGGUAGGUGGCUGCUUAGUGUCGGUACCUGAUCUGCGGUGGCUGGUGCCACUCCUGGGGCUGCGGGAGCUCCGCAGGCUCUAACAGUAAGGGGAAGAAAACCUGAUGCACAGAGCUGAAAGCUGCUCUGUGGCUCGGGAACCUUAGGCUCGCUGCAGUCAGCCUCUGCGUGAGGGACACUGGCAGAGAGGACAGCGGCAGAGAUCUCCAGAGCGGAGAUGAUACAUUCCUGAGGCGGCUCUCUUGUGUUUUUAGUAUCUGUGACUUUUAGAGCAAUACUCUUUCUGUGACCAAAUGUAUUGCAAGUGCUUUGAAGAGCUGGAUGUCCACAAACAGAGCAGGGGAGGAACGCAUCAGGCAUGUGUAUCUGCUUUAUAUUCAGAAGUGAAAGCAAGCUUUUUUUUUUUUUUUUUCCUCCUCCAAACUAUUACUCUGCCAAGACAGAGGAGAUUUCAAGGUUUCUGAAUUUGACAGAUUUUUUUGAGGGAUUAAGGAGUGUCUCUGCAUUCCCAUUGACUUGUUAACGUGCCAGCUGCACGCAUAGCUGUUUUGCUCGGAGAUCCCGGUUUCAUCCGCAGCGAGAGCAGGCUUCCCUGCCGCUUGCUGGCCCAGAGGAGCCCCCUGAGCAGCACAGAUCGUACCGCAUCUGGUAACCGCAGCUCUUCCUGUGAGAAUAAAAGCCCGUUGUGAGUAUCUGCCCCAUGGACUUUGCAGAUUUCUUUUGGCACGUGUUUAUUAUAAUCGCUUCUCGGUUGUCAGUGAGUUGUCAGGAGCAGGAUUCUGCCUCACGCAGGCUAAAAAGCACAGGUUGCUCCUGCCCUGGCCCCGGCUCGGCGCGAAGGCCGAGGGGAGCAUAAGGUGGGAGAGGGAGGGGGGGUCCUGGCAAGGCAGAGGAACUGUGCCCCAAACAGCCCAGCUGCAGAGGGAAAAGGAGCAGUUUGCCUCUCUUAAGAAUCAGAUUAUUUAUUACCAAAAGUAAUUUUAUAGUGAAUCGGUUUAAAGUUAUUUUACAGCCAUGUGCCUGUAUAUCAUAUUUUGGU